CCGGGUGCGACCGAAUGGGGCGCCAUUCAGCAGCGGUCGUGGACAGCGGUGGGGGCGCCGCAGGGGGACCAGCUGAACCUGGGAACCUCGCCCCCGCCCGCCGCAGAGCCAGGCCAGGUCCCAAGAUGGGGUCCCUGGCACGUGGCCCUGUGCCUGCCAGCCCCGCAGCCAACAAGGUGCCCUCGCUGACUGUCCUGAGCAGAAAGGUGGACCUGCGCCUGGGCUGCUCCCGCUGCACCCAGCGCCUGGAUGACAGCACCUACCUGCUGCAUGACGCCGGGGAGCACAGCUGUCCCCGGGAGCUCCUGCUGGCCCGUUGCAGGGCCAAUGCCUGGCGUCAGACCUGGCGCCAGGUGGGCCGGCGGCCCAGCUUCCCGCGGCCUGCCCGCUACUUCGUGUGCCGCUACUACAGCCCCGGGGCAGGAUGCCGGCGCCACCACAACCGCUGCACGUUCGCCCGCAGCCCUGAGGAGGCGUUGGUCUGGACCUUUGAGCGGGAGCACAACGUCCCCCGGCUGUGGCUAAAGGCGGCCGUGCAGGGUGGGGGUGCCGGCGCCCCACUCGGGCCCCACGGUCCCGCUGACACGCUCCGGGCCGAAUUCGGGGGCCACUUCCAGCUGCUCUGCUCCGGGUGCUUCCGGCGCCGCCCGCCCCGCCUCUGCCCCCUGGAUUCCGGCGCCCAGUGCCCGGAGCACAGGGCCUGCCGCCCACUCCUGGCCCACGUGAGCCCUGGCGAGAACAAGCAGCAGGUCGUGGAGGUUCGGCUGCAGCCCAGGCUCAGGCAGCCGCUGGCCUACUGCAGGUUUGUGGCGCGGGGACAGCCAUGCCGGCACGGGGUGUCCCACUGCCAGUACGCCCACAGUGACGUGGAGAUGGCGGUGUGGGAGGCAGAGCGGCAGAGCGGGCUGCGGCGCGAGGACUUGCUCUUGUCCUCGGGCCCUGGGGGUGACCAGCCCACGGCACCCCCUGGGGAGCCCCCCGAGCUCCAACUGUAUUGCCAUGUCUGUCUGCUCACCUGCGGCUCCCUGGAGGCCUUCGAGAACCACUGCGCCUCACCUGAGCAUGCCCGCAUGGUGGCCUUUGACCCAGCCGUGCCCUGGGAGCACCGAGCCCCGCCCCCUGGGCUCUCUGAGUUCCAGCUGUGCCCCAGGCCAGACCUCUGCGAGUACAGGGAGGCCUGCACAAAGGCGCACUCAGCCCAGGAGCUGCAGGAGUGGGUGCAGCGGGUGCAGACGGUCACACUGCGGGAGCAGGCGGCCUGGCAGGAGGGGCUGGUGUCCUACCAGGCUCGGCUGCUGGCCGACUACCAGCGCAGCAGCAGCGAAGUCCUCGUGCUGGCCGAAACUGUGGAUGGCGUGUCGGUCUCGUGCGACCAGCCGCUGGUGCAUGAGGCCCAGGAGAGGACCACCCAGCACCGCUGGACUUUCCACAUCCACUCUGAGGACCCCUUGCUGCAUGUGGCCUUGCUCAGACAGGAGCUAGGGGCAGACUUCUCCCUGGUGACGGGCCAGCCGCAGUGCCUGGGCCAGCUAUAUGCCCAGGGGGUGCACUUCCGCACACCUGGCUCCUCAGCUGACUUCCAGGUGGGCGUGCGCGUGCGGGGGGCCUCCUUUGGCACCUUUGAGCAGUGGGUGGUCUUUGACUUCGGGCGCCGGCCGGCCCUGCUUCGAAAGCUGCGACUUCGGCUGGGUCAGGUGCAUGACCUGGGGCUCCAGGGCCCCCUGGCACCCAACCCCCCUCAGGAGCUGGAGCGCUGGCACACUGGCAACCGCCAGGUGGUGCCCAGCGUGGAACGGACUGCCGAGCAGCUGGCCUUGAUGGCCAAGUACAAAGCACCGGCCCUGGCCCUGGAGUUCUGCAGCACUGGGCCCAGCCCAGGGCCCCUCACCUGCGACAAUUAUCGGCAACGGAUGCACCAGUUCUUGUAUGAGGAGGAGGCUGUGCAGCAGCGGCUAGUGGCCAAGCUGAACCUGAGGGCCCACGUGUCCCUGAAGGCGGCUCUGCAGACGCCAGCUGUGGGCCUGCUCUUCGCGCCACCCGGGGCACUCUAUGCCGAGGUCACCCUGCCCACUGCCCUGAUGCCAGACACAGACCAGGGCUUCCUGCUGGGCCGGGCGGUCAGCACGGCCCUUGUGGCUCCCGUGCCGGCGCCUGACCGCACAGUGUUCGAGGUGCGUGUGGAGGCCCGAGCCGGCUUCCAGCAGGCCCUGUGGCUGCUACUGCCCGCCCGCUGCUGCUCGGUCCUGGGGCUGCAGCCGGAGACAUGCCCUAUGCUGGAGGUGCAGUUCCAGGUCGACCCGAUGACCUUUCGCCUCUGGCACCAGGCAGUUGACGCGCUGCCCAGGGUGCCACUGGUGCUGCCCAACCUGCCGGCCUGUGCCUGCCCCCAGCCCCGCCCCGCCCCACCCACCCUGCGCGGCAACACCCACAGUGCGGCUGACAUCUACAUCCGGGAGUAUUUCCACAGCUACGUCAGCCACGGCCAUCCCGAGGCCACGCCGCUCCGGGUGAUGUACCAGGACCGCCCACCCAGCCAGACGGACUCGGCCACGCUGCGAUACUGCUGCCUGACGGAGGACGGCCGGGCCUUCCGAGCACCAAAGCAGGCUGAGUUGCAGCAGCACCGCAUUGUGGUCAGCACCACGUCACAGGCGCGUGAGCUGCAGGUGCCUGCCGGCUUCUUCUCACACAUCUUCAUCGACGAAGCGGCCCAGAUGCUGGAAUGCGAGGCCCUGACCCCACUGCGCCACGCCACGGCGCACACACGCCUGGUGCUGGCCGGUGACCACCUGCAGGUCACACCCAGGCUGUUCAGCGUGGCCAGUGGUCAUGCGGCCAGUCACACGCUGUUCAACCGCCUCUUCCUACACUACCAGCAGGAGGCGCACUCAGUCUCCCGGCAGAGCCGCGUGGUCUUCCAUGAGAACUACCGCUCCACCCAGGUCAUUGUGGCCUUUGUCUCCCGCCAUUUCUACCUGGCCCAGGGCAACCCCAUCCACGCCAGCGGCAGAGUCCCACGCCAUCCCCGCCACUACCCGCUCAUGUUCUGCCACGUGGCGGGCAGCCCGGAGCGGGACAUGUCGCAGACAUCCUGGCUCAACCGGGCUGAGCUCCUCCAGGUGGUAGAGAAGGUACAGGAGGUCUACGACACUUGGCCCCCAUGCUGGGGCAGCCGGGAGCAGCGACUCAUCUGUGCAGUGUCCCACGGCGCCCAGGUCAGUGCCCUGAGGCAGGAGCUGCGGAGGAAGCGCCUGGCUGAAGUGUCCGUGGGCAGCUUUGAAAUCUUGCCAGGCCGAGAGUUCCGGGUGGUGGUGCUGAGCACAGUGCACACGUCCAAGAGCCUGCACAGCCCAGGGGCGCCGAGUCUGGAAUUCUUCACCGAGGCCCGCGUGCUUAACACGGUCCUGACGCGGGCGCAGUCGCAGGUGGUGGCUGUGGGUGACGCUGUGGCCCUCUGCUCCUUUGGGGCUUGCCGCCGGCUGUGGAAGAGUUUCAUCCGAGAGUGCGUGGAGCACCAGAGCACCUGUCCCCAGGACCUGUCUCUGGAGCAGAUCGAGCAGGGCGUGGCCCAGGUGCAGCGCUGGCCUCGUGAGGGCCGGCCGGCUGUGGCCCUGGACAGUGGCGCAGCAGGUGGCCCACCCACGGAGCUCCCUGCAACCCCGAGGGACACAGCCACGCAUGGGCCGGGAGCCACUGGGGAGCAGAAGGCAGCAGGAGCGUCUAUGGCCACAGUGGUAGCGGCUGUAGGGAGCCCAGCUGACCAGGGAGCAGCCAUGGUGCCCAGUGGGCCGGCACUGGAGGACUCUGAGGACGCCGGUGGCGCUGAUUUCUGGCCAUCUGACUGGGAGCUCAAUGCGGAGGACUCUAUCCUGCAGGAGCUCCUGGAUGAGAGUCGGAAUGUGACGGUGACAGUGCGCGAGGACGGGCUGCUGGACACAGUGACCGGGCCUGGGGCGUCGGCCCACCACUACACCAACCUGCCACACGCUGAGCUCCGCAGGCUGGCCCGAGCCGAGCCCCAGGCCCACCGCCGCUGCACCUUCCUGCAGGAGGCCUUCGGGCGUGCAACAGCCCUGGCGCUGGAUGGGGGUGCACCAAGCACCUUCCAGAUCAAGGGCCGCCUCCACUGUGGCAUGGCCUUCACGGGGGACGAGGUGCUGGUGCAGGUGCUGGCGGGCACGGAGGUCGGUGAGCCCGACAGCCAGCCUCAGGGCCGAGUGCUGGGCGUGCUGAAGCGCUGCCGGCGUGAGUUGACCUUUGUGUGCAGGAUGGACAGGUGGGACCCCCGCAUCAUGAUUCCCAUUGAUGGCGCCGUGACCAAGAUCUUUGUGGCUGAGCUGAAGGACCCGUUGCGGGUACCUAUCCACCGCCUGCUGCGGGGCCGCGUGCAGCGCGUGGGGCACGAGCGGGUGCCGGUGGAGGCCCGGCGCAUGCGGCUGUUCUGGGUGCGCAUCGUGCUGUGGCGGGAGCGCUUCUACUACCCGCUGGGCAUCAUCCUGGAGGUUCUGCCCGAGGUCACCAGUUGGGAGAGUGGCCUGCGUGUGCUGGACCUGGAGUAUGGCCUGCGAGAGCCCGCCCUCGACCCAACUGCUGCCUCUAAGGUGCAGCAGAGGUACCGCCAGGAGCUCGGGCGGGUGCCCGGCCUCCGGGAGGACUGCCGCGGCUUCCUGACCUUCACCGUGGACCCCCAGGGCGCUUGCAACCUGGACGACGCCCUCAGCGUCCGGGACCUGGGUCAGCAGUACGAGGUGGCCGUGCACAUCACAGACGUGGCCAGCCUCCUGCCCCGGGACAGUCUGCUGGACGUGGAAGCCCGAGAGCGGGGCACGGCCUUCUACACCCCUGCCCGCGAGCCGGUGCCCAUGCUGCCGGCCGGCCUGUGCCAGGACCUGCUCAGCCUCCAGCCAGGCAAGGACCGCCUUGCCAUCUCCCUCUUCCUCACCUUUGAGAAGGACGGCGGUCAGCUGAGCGGCCAGCACUUUGCCCCCUCAGUGGUCCGAUCUGACCACCAGCUGUCCUACGAGGAGGCUGAGCAGGUGAUCCGCGCCCACCCGGGGGCUGAGUGGGAACCCCUGCCCCAGCUGGACACGCUGGACGCCUGUGUGGUGGUCGCCUUCCACUUCUCCCAGGCCCUGCGCCGGCGCCGGCUGGGCAGCGCCUGCCACUACGAGCCCCUGGAUGAGGAGAGUGUGCCUGGCUUCCGCGCAGCCCACGCCAUGAUCCAAGAGUACAUGGUUCAGUUCAACAGCAGUGUGGCUGAGUUCCUGGUGGGCUCUGAGCGCACGCAGACGGUCACGCCCCUGCGGUGGCAGCUGGCCCCCAGCAGUGCCCGCCUGGAUGCCCUGAGCGAGAAGCUCCGUGGACUGGUGCCCCUGUCGCUGCACCUCCGCCAGCACCUGCAAGGCCAGGCCCUCGCUGGCACGAGGCUCUGUCUGCUGGCCUCUCUUUGGAGGCAGCUCCAGCUGGCAGCCAAGACCCAGGACUUCAGGCAGCUGGAGGACCUCAUCGCCACUGACGACCUGCACCCCACGCUGGCCCCCGCAGGUCUCGAGCUCUGUAAGGCCCAGUGCCGCUCGGCCUUUGGCCGCUCCAGCCUUGGCAAGCAGCAGCCGGCUUCACACCACGCGCUGCAGGUGGCCUGGUACACCUGGGCUUCCUCCCCCAUCCGCCGGUACAUGGAUGUGGUGCUGCAGAGGCAGCUCCUGCUGGCGCUCAGCCUCGGGGGCACCGCCUACUCGGCCAGGGACAUUGAUGCGCUCUGCCGAGACUUCGGACGCCAGCACGCGCGCGCCCAGAGCUACCAGCGCCGGGCCCAUCGCCUGCACUUGGCUGUGGGCCUGCAGGCCUGCCCCCAGGACAAGCUGGGCUUCGCAGUGGACCUGGAGCAGGGGGCCCGCUGCUUCCGCGUGUUCUUCCCCACACAGAGCAAGAGCCUGCCCGAGCCUUGGCCCCUGCACUUCCGCAGCCUGCAGCUCGCCGAGCCCCCCCAGCACCGGGACGGCCUGCCCGGCCUGCGGCUUCGCUGGCACCGCCGCGUCUACUCGCUGCAGGCCAGUGAGCGCCGUGUCCCGGCACCCGGCGCCCUCCUGGACCCGCACACCCGGCCCGUGGACCCCGAGCUGUGGCGGCGGCUGCUGGGGCUGGUGGAGCAGCGGCGCUGGCCGGAGGCAGCCACCCUGGUCCAGGAGCAGGAUGCCAAGCGGCCCUCGCCGCGCGAGCUGGGCUGCGUGUCUUGGAGCCGCUGCGGGCACUUCGUGGAUGUGGUGCGGGCCCUGGGCCCUGGGGAUGUGCUGCAGGUGCAGCUGGGCGCCUCCCUGCAGCAGGGUCUCCUAACACCGGCCCUGCAGCUGUGGACCGUGGCUCCCGGGCUCAGCCUGUGCCUACAGCACGUGGGGCAGCCCCGGGAGUGCUUCUCAGGCAGCACCCCGCAGGCUGCACCUGACCACUGCGCCACCGUGGAGGAGUACACGCGCGUGUGGGGCCCCUUCUGCACCCUCGAGUCACUCAGCAGCGCGGUGGCCGAGAAUGACCCCAUCACCCUGCAGCACCUGCCUGUGAGCUGGUUCUCAGAGCGGACACCUCAGGGCCACCUGCAGGGCUCCUUCCGCCUGGAUCUGGCCUUCCUUCGAGAACACAGCCUGGAGAGCAGCUUCGGGCACUCCUACCUCUGUGUCCGACUGGAGGGGCUGCUGGCCAUGCCCUGCGCUGGGGAGCCCCUCCACAGCCUGGGCCCCCACCUGAACAUCCACCCCAGCACCUACACCUGGGUGGCCCACGGGCUGACUGAGGAGGACUGGGGCGCCGAGGAGGAGCGGGUGGGCCGGCAGGAUGCCUGUCGGUGGGUGAGUUUCUACCUCCUCAGCAUGGCCACUGAGAAGGUCCCCGAGGAGGUGCUGAGGCCUGACACCCUCUUCACCAUCGAAGUGCUGCCCAAGCAACUCCCCGACCUACGCAAGGAGGAAGCCCUGCACCUGCUGAAGAGACUGGACGCGUCCUCCCUGGCUGUCAGAAUCGCCCUCGGCCUGCCCAGCCCCCAGGCCUCCCGCCACCCGCACCGAGGGGCCCCCAGCAUCUACCUGAUGCGGCAGAACUAUGAUAUGCAUGGAGGCCGCCACAAACUGAACCCUAGCCAGAACUGUGCAGUACAGAAGGCUCUGCAGACUAGGUUCACGGUCAUCCAAGGACCCCCAGGCACGGGGAAGACCGUCGUGGGCCUGCACAUUGUGUUCUGGUUCCACAAGUCUAACCAGGAGCUGGGGCACGGCCAGGGAUGCCCCUGCAUCUUGUACUGCGGCCCCUCCAACAAGUCGGUGGAUGUGCUGGCAGGGAUGCUGCAGCACUGGCGGAAGGAGCUGAAGCCUCUCCGCGUGUACAGCGAGCAGGCCGAGGCCUCGGAGUUCCCGGCCCCGAGCCUGGACAGCAGGAGCCUGCCCAGGAAGAGCCCUCGGGAGGGGAAGCCCAACUGGAACCUCAGGAACAUCACCCUGCACCACCGGAUCCGGCAGGCCCCCAACCCCUACGCGGCGGUCCUUCGGAACUUUGACAGCCGGGUGCAGAAUCAGGACAGCUUCUCUGUGGAGGACAUUGACCAGUACAAGAAGACCCUUCGUAAGGCCCGGCGGUAUGAGCUGGAACGCCACUCGGUCAUCCUGUGCACCUGCUGCUGCGUGGCCUCAGCCAGCCUCAAGCACCUGGACGUCCGGCAGAUCCUGAUCGACGAGGCGGGCAUGGCCACGGAGCCUGAGACCCUCAUCCCCUUGGUGCACUUCCCGCAGGCCCAGAAGGUGGUGCUGCUGGGAGACCAUAAGCAGCUGCGGCCUGUGGUCAAGAGUGAGCACCUGCAGAACCUGGGGCUGGACCGCUCCCUCUUUGAGAGGUACCAGAGCGAUGCCCACAUGCUGGACACACAAUAUCGCAUGCACCAGGACAUCUGCGCCUUCCCCUCGGCUGAGUUCUACAAGGGCAAGCUGAAGACCUUCCAGGGCCUGUGCCGGCCGGCCAGCAUGCUAGGCCAUGCGGCCAGGGCGAGCUGUGCCGUCAUCUUUGGACAUCUGCAGGGCCACGAGCAGAGCCUGCUGGUGUCCACGGAGGAAGGGAAUGAGAACUCCAAGGCCAAUCAGGAGGAGGUGGUGCAGGUGGUCCGCAUUGCCAAGCAGCUGACCUUGGACCGGAAAGUGGAGCCCAAGGACAUGGCCAUCCUCACGCCCUACAACGCACAGGUGGCCGAGAUCAACAAGCGGCUCUCCCGGGAGGGCGUCCCGGGAGUGACUGUGGCCUCCAUCACCAAGAGCCAGGGGAGCGAGUGGCGCUACGUGUUGGUGAGCACUGUCCGCACGUGCCCCAAGAGUGAUAUCGACCAGAGGCCCACCAAGAGCUGGCUCAAGAAAUACCUGGGCUUUGUCGUGGACCCCAACCAAGUGAACGUGGCCCUCACGCGAGCGCAGGAGGGGCUCUGUCUGAUUGGAGACCACCACCUCCUGCGUUGCUGCCCUCUCUGGCGCCGCCUGGUGGACUUCUGUGAGGAGCAGCAGAGCCUCGUGCCUGCCCACCUGGUGCAGGUCAGGAGGCGGCCAGCACACCUAUUGCCCUGAGCAGCCAGCAUCUCCUUCCCGGCCUGAGCGCAGAGGACGCGCUUCCCCUCCUGUGCCCCCCGGGGCGCCUCACUCAGAGGAUCCCACGUGCCUUUACUGCCACCCGGCGUGUCCUGGCCGGGCUGCAGUCCGGGGCUAUGCCAGGCACCAUCCAGCAGGGUCGCCAUGUUGCCCUACUCCCAGGUCUGGACGGCAGGACCAGCGCCUAUGAGGCAGCUGCUGCACCUGUGUGUGGUGCCGUCAGCAGCCACACUGGGCAGUGUCCACGGAGACCAGCUUUGACUUUGCUUUUUAAAUCGACCAAAAGCCAGUACUUUUCCUCUUUUUACUGGAAUAGGGACCGUAGCUCCUGCUCAGGACAAGGUGGCCACCCUGGACAAGCAGGCCCUUUUCCAGCCACCGCUGCCUGAGUCUGACUCUGGGACCCACAACCCCACCCGGGGGCUGCGGGGCAGGGCACUGGCAGAGCAAAGCCAGACCCGCACCAGCUGCUGCCCUCUGGGCCCCGGGAGCAGGGGUGUGCUGGCCAGGGCAGGCCCAGAGCUGCCGCCCCACCUCUGACCUCAGCCUACUCUCAGGGCUGGGCCUUUGAGACAAUCAGAUGGGCUGUCUUUGUGGGUUGGACAGGAAGCUGCCCCUUUGGAUCCAGCCCAUGCCCUGUGUUUGGGCCCUGCCCAGCCCUCCCUGUGGGCAGCUCUGCUCCUAUCUGGGAACAUGUGUGCAGGCACAUUCCCGCUGGCCUGGAACCCCCUUCUGGGCUGGAUGCUGCACUUUAUGAGCGAGCUGAGAUGGGUGGGGGCCCCUUGAGGCGGAGCAGGGUGGAGGAAGCGGUGUGUGCAGCCUGAUUCUGUUCUUUUUACCAAUCAAAUUCUACAUUCCAGCCUCUGUCCCUCUCAGCCUGCAGUCUCUGACAGAGAACCGCUUAAUAAAGGCACCGCUGAAUGCC